AUGGCCUCCGAACCAGGCCCACAGGUGAAUGGACACCUUGAAGCAGAGGAGCGGCAGGACCAGAGGCCAGAGCAGGAGCUGACCUGGAGCUGGGGCCACCGGCCUAGAAGCGCCCUGGACAGGGUCAAGGCCAUGGCCCCCCCACCGCCACUGACCCCCAGCACCCCACUCCUGCAUGGCGAGUUUGGCUCCUACCCAGCCCGCGGCCCACGCUUCGCCCUCACUCUCACACCACAAGCCCUCCACAUACAGCGGUUGCGCCCAAAGCCCGAGGCCCGGCCCCGGGGUGGCCUAGUCCUGCUGACCGAGGUCUCAGGCUGCUGCACCCUGCGGAGCCGAAGCCCCCUGGACUCAGCAGCCUACUUCUGCGUCUACACCUACCCCAGGGGCCGGCGUGGGGGCCGGCGCAGAGCUGCACGCACCUUCCGGGCCGACGGGGCAGCCACCUACGAGGAGAACCGCGCUGAGGCCCAGCGCUGGGCCACGGCCCUCACAUGUCUGCUCCGUGGACUGCCACUGCCUGGGGACGGGGACAUUACCCCCGACCUCCUGCCGAGGCCGCCCCGUUUGCUCCUAUUGGUCAAUCCCUUUGGGGGGCGGGGCCUGGCCUGGCAGUGGUGUAAGAACCAUGUGCUGCCCAUGAUCUCCGAAGCGGGGCUGUCCUUCAACCUGAUCCAGACAGAACGACAGAACCAUGCCCGUGAGCUGGUCCAGGGGCUGAACCUGAGCGAGUGGGACGGCAUCAUCACGGUCUCGGGAGAUGGGGUGCUGUAUGAGGUACUGAAUGGACUCCUACAACGCCCCGACUGGGAAGAGGCUGUGAAGACCCCCGUGGGCAUUCUCCCCUGUGGCUCGGGCAACGCGUUAGCAGGAGCUGUGAACCAGCACGGGGGAUUUGAGCCGGCCCUGGGCAUUGACCUGCUACUCAACUGCUCCUUACUGCUCUGCCGGGGUGGCAGCCACCCUCUGGACCUGCUCUCCGUGACUCUGGCCUCCGGCUCCCGCUGUUUCUCUUUCCUGUCUGUGGCCUGGGGCUUCGUGUCAGACGUGGACAUCCAGAGCGAGCGCUUCAGGGCCCUGGGCAGUGCUCGCUUCACCCUGGGCACAGUCCUGGGCCUUGCCACGCUGCACACCUACCGUGGCCGCUUCUCCUACCUCCCUGCCACCGUGGAACCUGCCUCGCCUAACCCUGCCCAUGGCCUGCCAAGGGCCAAGUCAGAAUUGACCCUAGCCCCGGCCCCGGCCCCAGCCGGGGCCCACUCACCCCUGCAUCGCUCAGUGUCAGACCUGCCCCUGCCCCUGCCCCAGCCUGCCCUGACCUCCCCUGGCUCACCUGAACCCCUGCCCAUCCUGUCCCUCAACGGUGGGGGCCCAGAGCUGGCUGGGGACUGGGGUGGGGCUGGGGAUGCUCCACUGUCCCCGGACCCACUGCUGCCCUCGCCCCCGGGGACCCCCAAGGCAGCUCAGCUCUCACCCAUCAGCGAGGGGCCCUCAGAAAUGGCAGCAUCCUCUGGGCUCCCACCUCCCACCCCUGGCGCCCCGGUAGCCACCUAUGCUGGGGGACCACCUGACCACCUGCUCCCUCCUCUAGGCACUCUGCUACCCCCAGACUGGGUGACAAUGGAGGGAGACUUUGUGCUUAUUUUGGCCAUCUUACCCAGCCACCUGGGGGCUGACCUCGUGGCGGCCCCCCACGCGCGCUUUGACGACGGCCUGGUGCACCUGUGCUGGGUGCGUAGCGGCAUCUCGCGGGCGGCGCUACUGCGCCUGUUUCUGGCUAUGGAGCGUGGUAACCACUUCAGCCUGGGCUGUCCGCACCUGGGCUACGCCGCGGCUCGUGCCUUCCGCCUCGAGCCACUCACGCCUCGCGGAGUGCUCACGGUGGACGGGGAGCAGGUGGAGUACGGGCCAUUGCAGGCGCAGGUGCAUCCUGGCCUUGGUACAUUGCUCACGGGUCCUCCAGGCUGCCCUGGGCGGGAAGCCUAA